AUGCCCGACACCGUCGAGGUUCGCUUCAAGGAUGACGGCGAGCGCCGGGCUUCAUCCGACAGCCCUGUCGGCCGUCCGCCUUCAAUCGCCAGUUCGACACCCUCGCGCGAGGAGACGCUCGUCGCCGCGGGCAUCGGCCACCGACCGGACGAUCCUGAGAUGCCCUGCCUCACAAUCCGCAUGUGGGUGAUUGGCAUCGCUUUCUGCCUCAUCGGUAGUGGCGUCAACACACUCUUCACGUUUCGCUUCCCCGCCGUCACGCUGUCGCAGUCGGCGAUUCAGCUGCUGUCCUACCCCGUCGGCCGCGCCUGGCACUUUGUCGUGCCCGACUGGGGCUUCACCGUCUUUGGUGAACGUUACAGCCUGAACCCGGGUCCGUUCAACUACAAGGAGAAUAUUCUGAUCUACAUCCUGGCCAACCUGAGCUUCCUGACCCGUCUCAGCGCCGAUGUGCUGACGGAGCAGCGCGUCUUCUACGGCCUCAACCUCGGAUGGGGCUUUGAGAUUACCAUUACGCUCGCGACGCUGCUCUUUGGCUUUGCGCUUGCUGGCUUGUCCCGUUCAAUCAUUGUCGAGCCUUCUCGCUUGAUGUGGCCGGGUGUGCUGGGUAAUACGGCGCUAAACUCGGCGCUGCAUCCCGUCGAAAACACGUACAAGACUACAGAAAUCCCCAGCGGCAUCUCCAACAGAGCGAGAUACAGAUUCUUCUUGAUGGCAUUUGCUGUCUCGUUCAUCUGGUACUGGUUCCCAGACUUCAUCUUUCCUGCGCUAGGCUACUUCACGUGGGUUUGCUGGAUUGCGCCAAAGAACGCCGUGGUCAACCAAGUCUUUGGCAUGAAGAGCGGUAUUGGUCUUUUGCCAUUUACAUUUGAUUGGGCCCAAAUUGCAUACAUUGGCUCGCCACUUGUCAUCCCGACUUGGGCCAUUAUCAAUAUUGGCGCAUCACUGGUCUUCUGGAUCUACAUUGUUACCCCGGCCAUUUACUACAGCAACACGUGGUUCACUGCCUACCUUCCAAUGCAGACCAAUUCAAUCUACGAUAAUCUCGGCAAGGUCUAUAAUGUCACCAGGGUCAUUGACAAGAAAGACGGCUUUGUGCUGGACCUGAACAAGUACCACAACUACUCUCCAAUCUAUCUGCCAGUCACCUAUGCCCUAAACACAUUUGGCCUCUGCUUCGCUAGUAUAUCGGCCCUCAUCGUGUGGCUCAUUCUCGAGAAGCGCCACGAGAUUUAUGAAGGUUUCUGUAAUUCCUCGCUGGCGGUGACCCUUCGCUUGGCUCCGAAGACGGAAAAGACCGUCCAGGAGCAGGCGUACGGCACAGUGCCAACAUGGUGGUAUCUAGUUGCUACUCUUGUUUCCAUCGGAGUUGGUAUCUUUGCUUGCGAGUACUACCCGGUGCAGUUGCAUUGGUACGGCGUUCUCCUGGCCAUGAUCAUUUCCGCCUUCUUCUUUGUUCCGCUCGCAUGGCUUUAUGCCACCACCAACAUCAAGAUCCAGAUUGACAUUUUCUGUCGCCUUGUUGCGGGAUAUAUUUGGGAAGGCAAGGUGUUGGCUAACAUUUGGUUCUUCAACAUUGGCUAUAUCUCUGGUAUCAAGGGUCUCGCAUUUGCGCAAGAUUUGAAGCUCGGAAUCUACUGCAAUAUUCCGCCGCGCAAGCUCUUUGCCGUCCAGGUUGUCGGCAUCAUCAUGGGCACGCUCGGUCAAGUCGCUGUCCUAGAGUGGGCUCUCAACAACAUCCCCAACAUCUGCACCAACAAGGCCGACAACGGUUUCACGUGUCCCUUUUCCCGCACCCACUUCAACACCAGCAUGGUCUGGGGUGCCAUCGGCCCACGCCGCUUCUUUGCGAAUGGCGCUCUGUACCGUGAUCUUCUCUGGUUCUUCUUCCUCGGUGCUCUGCUUCCACCGGCCGUCUACAUCCUCAAAAACUACGUUUUCCCUAAGACCAAGUGGCUCAAGCAGAUCCACAUCCCACUGUUCCUCGGUGGUCUCAACUUUAUCCCUCCGGCAUCCGGUACCAACUAUGGCAGCUGGGUUAUUGUAGGUCUCAUCUUUGGUCUCUGGAUCAAGCAGCGCAAGAGGCAGUGGUGGAAGCAGUACAACUUUAUUCUCAGCUCGGCCAUGGACUGUUCCGUGGCCAUUGCGGGAAUCCUGAUUUUCUUCUCCAUCUUCUACACCGGCGCCGCCAGCUACUUUAAGUGGUGGGGAACCGAGGUUCACAAGAAUACUUGCGACUGGAAGGGCUGCACUUACAAGGUGUUGGCCAAAGGGGAGAAAAUCCACUAG